AUGGCGCAAGUUACCCCAGCUGCGGAUACGACCCAGCGACUCUUCCAGGAGCUCAAGUCCAAGAACGAAGACACUCGGAAUAGAGCUGCCACCGAGCUCCAUGAAAACAUCAUCGCAGCUUCUCGAGAGCUACCCCAGGAUAAAUUUCUCGACCACUACAACUCCAUAAACCAACGUAUUGCACAGCUUAUCGUUACUGGAAAUGAUGCGAACGAAAAGAUCGGCGGGCUGCUUAUGCUCGACCGAUUAAUCGAGUUCGAUGGCGUGGACACAGCACAGAAAACGACACGGUUUGCCAGCUAUCUGCGAAGUGCUUUGAGAAGCAAUGAUAACUCGGUUUUACUCUUCGCGGCAGGAUGUCUCGGGCAUUUAGCUAAGCCCGGCGGUGCUUUAACAGCAGAGCUAGUUGAGAGCGAGAUCCAGUCGGCUCUAGAAUGGCUACAGACAGAAAGACAGGAGAACAGGCGCUUUGCGGCAGUUCUGGUCAUUCAGGAACUGGCAAAAGGAUCUCCAACUUUGCUAUACGGGUUUAUUCCGCAAGUUUUUGAUCUUAUUUGGGUCGCACUACGAGACCCCAAAGUGGUCAUUCGAGAAACUGCCGCCGAUGCCGUAAGCGAGUGUUUCGAAAUAAUAGCGGCUAGAGAUAGCGCAGUUCGUUCUCAGUGGUUCUCAAGGGUAUAUGAGGAGUCAUUGCUAGGCUUACGGUCGAACAAUGUGGACUGGAUUCACGGAUCACUCCUUACCCUGAAGGAGCUACUGCUAAAGGGCGCUAUGUUUAUGAACGAACAUUAUCAUAACACUUGCGAAAUAGUAUUGCGAUUGAAGGAUCAUCGUGACCCUAAGAUUCGCGCUCAGAUUGUGCUUACUAUACCAGUGCUCGCCUCUUAUGCGCCUCUCGAUUUCACCAAUACAUACCUUCAUAAAUUCAUGAUAUACCUUCAAGCACAGCUAAAACGAGACAAAGAAAGGAACACCGCUUUUGUUGCUAUAGGGAAGAUAGCAAGUGCUGUCGGCCACGCCAUCGGACAGUUCCUUGACGGAAUCAUCGUAUAUAUCCGUGAAGGACUGGCUUUAAAAGCACGAAAUCGCGCCGCUGUUAAUGAAGGCCCAAUGUUUGAAUGCAUCAGCAUGCUCUCCCUAGCAGUUGGCCAAACUCUCAGCAAAUAUAUGGAAUCGCUUCUCGACCCCAUUUUUGCUUGUGGCUUGAGCAAAUCCCUUACUCAGGCACUUGUCGAUAUGGCGCACUACAUCCCACCCAUCAGAGCAACUAUCCAAGAAAAGCUGCUGGACAUGCUUAGCAUAGUUUUAUGUGGCACUCCUUUUAGGCCCUUAGGGUGUCCAGAAAGCCGAUUGCCUCCUAUACCCUCCUUCGCCAAGGAUUUUGGCUCUUUGCCUCAAGACCGCAGUGAUAGCGAAAUAGCUCUCGCAUUGCAUACACUCGGGAGCUUUGAUUUCUCCGGCCAUGUUCUUAAUGAAUUCGUCCGUGAUGUUGCCAUAAAAUUUGUUGACAACGAUAGCCCUGAGAUCAGAAAAGCAUCUGCUUUAACUUGUUGCCAACUUUUCGUGCAUGAUCCUAUCAUUAACCAGACAAGUGCUCACUCGAUACAGGUUGUUAGCGAGGUUAUUGAUAAACUUCUAUCAGUUGGAGUCGGAGAUCCCGAUCCUGACAUCCGACGAAAUGUGUUGUUCUCCUUGGAUAAGAAAUUCGACCGUCACUUAGCUAAGCCGGAGAAUGUUCGGUGCUUGUUCCUGGCGGUCAAUGAUGAGAUGUUCCCAGUACGAGAAGCAGCGAUCAGCAUUAUUGGUCGCCUCUCGAGCGUCAAUCCGGCCUACGUUUUCCCACCCUUGAGAAAACUACUUGUGAACCUACUGACUGGUCUCAAUUUUGCUACAACCUCCCGGCAAAAGGAAGAAAGUGCUCAAUUGAUUAGUCUCUUCGUUUCAAAUGCCACGAAACUCAUUCGCUCCUAUGUUGACCCCAUUGUUACGACACUAUUGCCGAAGACUUCAGACGGGAAUGCCGCGGUAGAAGCAACCACUCUCAAAGCCAUUGGAGAGCUCGCGACAAUUGGUGGUGAAGACAUGAAACAAUAUCUUCCGCAACUCAUGCCAAUAAUUCUAGAUUCACUGCAAGACCUUUCCUCUCAAGCUAAACGAGAGGCUGCCUUGAAAACUUUGGGCCAGUUGGCGAGCAACGCAGGAUAUGUGAUCGAACCUUAUAAGGAGUAUCCGCAGCUUCUUUCUAUCCUCAUCAACAUCAUCAAGACGGAGCAAACCGGUGGCUUAAGAAAGGAAACCAUCAAACUCAUUGGAAUACUGGGAGCCCUUGACCCAUACAAAGAUCAGCAAAUCAGUGAAACGUCUCCUGACGUUCAUUAUGUCAAUGAAGUUCAGACCGUUUCUGAUGUUUCUCUGAUUAUGCAAGGCCUUACCCCUUCAAAUGAGGAGUACUACCCGACAGUGGCCAUCAACACCCUUCUUCAAAAUAUCUUGCGAGAAAGUUCUCUUGCCCAAUAUCAUUCUGCUGUGAUUGACGCAAUUGUUACAAUGUUCAAAACUCUUGGACUCAAGUGUGUUCCAUUCCUAGGACAGAUAAUACCCGCAUUUAUUUCCGUCAUUAGGAGCACGCCGAUAAGCCGACUCGAAUCGUAUUUCAACCAGUUAGCAAUCUUGGUAACAAUCGUCAAACAGCAUAUCCGCGCAUUUCUCCCUGAAAUUAUUGAAGUUAUUCGGGAUUACUGGGGAUCUCCAUAUCCCGUACAAUGCACGAUAUUGUCACUGGUGGAAGCCGUUGCCAAGUCACUAGAGGGCGAGUUCAAAAAGUACUUGGCUGCGCUUGUUCCGUUGAUGCUGGAUACUGUUGAAAAAGACAAUUCCGUCCGCCGCCAACCCACCGAGAGGAUUCUUCACACAUUCUUAAUCUUUGGCUCAAGUGCUGAGGAAUAUAUGCAUCGCAUUGUUCCCGCCAUUGUAAAGAUCUUCGACAAGACUCAAAACCCCCCCAAUAUCCGAAAAUGCGCCAUGGAAACGCUAGCAAAACUCUCUCGACAGGUUAACGUGUCAGACUUUGCAUCCCUUAUGAUACACCCACUAUCAAGGGUUAUAAACAACGCCGAAAAACCACUCAGACAAACUGCAUUGGAUUGCGUUUGCACUCUCAUAUUCCAGCUUGGCCAGGAUUUCAACAAUUAUGUUCCACUUAUCAACAAAGUUCUGAAGUUCAAUCAAAUACACCACCACAGCUACCACGUCCUUGUUUCCAAGUUACAGAAAGGAGAUCCAUUGCCGCAGGACCUUAAUCCCAACGAGCACCAUAGCAAUCUUGUGGAAGAUUCUGCUUUUGCGGAUGUUGGCCAGAAGAAGAUAUUCGUUAACCAACAACACCUCAAAAAUGCGUGGGACGCCACCCAGAAGUCAACUCGAGAAGACUGGCAAGAGUGGAUCCGACGAUUCAGCGUCGAACUACUCAAAGAGUCCCCAUCCCACGCCCUUCGUGCCUGUGCAAGCUUAGCUGGUAUCUAUCAGCCGCUUGCUAAAGAUCUUUUUAAUGCCGCCUUCGUUUCCUGCUGGACAGAACUUUACCACCAGUAUCAGGAAGAACUUGUUCAUUCCAUCGACUUGGCCCUUACUUCCCAAAAUAUCCCUCCCGAAAUCCUGCAAAUACUUCUAAAUUUAGCUGAAUUCAUGGAACAUGACGAUAAAGCUUUACCAAUUGAUAUCCGGAUUCUUGGAAAGUAUGCUGGUAAAUGCCAUGCAUUUGCAAAAGCAUUGCAUUACAAAGAACUGGAAUUUGAACAAGACCAAAACUCCGGGGCGGUAGAGGCAUUAAUCAGCAUCAACAAUCAUCUCCAGCAGUCCGAUGCCGCAAUUGGUAUUCUUCGCAAAGCCCAAGCGUAUCGAGAUGUCGAGUUAAAGGAGACUUGGUUCGUGAAACUCCAGCGAUGGGAGGAAGCUUUGGCCGCUUAUAAGAGACGAGAGUUAAUUGACCCUGAUUCUUUCGAGGUUACCAUGGGUAAGAUGCGGUGUCUUCAUGCUCUUGGAGAAUGGAAGAUGCUUUCAGACCUUGCUCAGGAGAAGUGGAAUCAAGCUUCGAAUGAACACCGCAAGGCCAUCGCCCCACUCGCUGCUGCGGCUGCAUGGGGAAGAGGCCAGUGGGAGCUUAUGGAUUCGUAUAUUGGAGUAAUGAAGGAGCAGUCGCCAGACCGAUCUUUCUUCGGAGCAAUUCUCUCGCUUCAUCGCAAUCAGUUUGAAGAAGCAUCGGCUCUGAUUGAAAAGGCCAGAAGUGGCCUGGACACAGAACUCUCUGCCUUGCUUGGUGAAUCAUAUAACAGAGCUUACAACGUUGUUGUUCGAGUUCAAAUGCUUGCUGAGCUGGAAGAAAUUAUCACUUAUAAGCGAAGCGUAGAUGACCCCGAAAAACAGGAGGCAAUGAGGAUAACAUGGAACAAACGACUUCUGGGCUGCCAACAAAAUGUUGAGGUGUGGCAGCGCAUGCUCAAAGUCAGGGCGCUUGUUAUCACUCCCCGUGAAAAUCUUGAUAUGUGGAUCAAGUUCGUCAAUCUAUGCCGCAAGUCAAACCGCAUGGGACUCGCAGAACGCUCCCUAAGUGCUCUAGAAUCUAUCGAGGCUGCAGAUGGUAGCAUUCCACCGGAAGUGACCUACGCACGUCUUAAAUUUGACUGGGCCUCCGGUCGACAAGCCGAGGCUCUCAAAGCCCUAGAGGAAUUUACUAUCUCCCUCACAGAAUCAUAUGGACGGUAUAACUCAAUUCUUUCCGCACAAGAUGAGCAUACACCUACAGACGGGCCAGCUCUUACCAACGGCAUCAACGAUUCCAACCAUACUGACGCCGGAUACGCAAAACAACAUCUUGGUGAUGCCAAUAAGAUCCGACAUCUUCUUGCGAAGAGUCACCUCAAGCAGGGUGAAUGGCAGACCGUGCUACAACGUGGCGAUUGGAGAUCUGAUGGUGUCCGUGAUGUUUUAAACUCAUAUUCUGCGGCUACACAAUAUAACCGUGAUUCGUACAAGGCCUGGCACGCUUGGGCUCUUGCGAACUUCGAAGUUGUGAACUCUCUAACAGCCCAGCCAGAGAGGGAACCACCCCGUCAUAUCAUUCUCGAACAUGUCAUGCCUGCAAUUCGUGGAUUCUUCCGCUCAAUCGCACUCCUAUCAUCAAGCACAUUGCAAGAUGCUCUCAGGCUGCUGACACUUUGGUUCACCCAUGGCGGCGACGCUGAAGUCAAUUCUGUUGUUGUGGAAGGCUUCUCGACUGUUAGCAUCGAUACCUGGCUUGAGGUUACUCCUCAGCUCAUUGCCCGCAUCAAUCAGCCCAAUCCUCGGGUACGUGCUGCCGUGCAUCGGUUAUUGGCUGAUCUAGGCAAAGCACAUCCCCAAGCACUUGUUUACCCCUUAACUGUCGCAACCAAAUCUAAUGUUGUUCGGCGUUCCCAAUCUGCUAUGACUAUCAUGGACAGCAUGAGAGCGCAUAGUUCACGUUUGGUUGAGCAAGCUGAGGUUGUCAGUGGGGAACUAGUGCGUGUCGCGGUAUUAUGGCACGAAUUAUGGUAUGAUGCUUUAGAGGAAGCUUCUCGGCUCUUCUUUACCGAUCACGAUGUUGAAGGCAUGUUGUCCACUCUUGCACCUCUUCAUGACAUGCUAGAUAAGGGUGCAGAGACCUUACGAGAAGUGUCCUUCGCUCAAGCCUUUGGUCGAGACUUAGCUGAGGCCAAACACUUCUGUAACUUGUACCGCGAAACUGGGGAAAUGGGCGAUCUCAACCAAGCUUGGGAUCUUUACUACAAUGUGUUCCGCAAGAUUUCCCGACAGGUGACGCAAAUAAAAUCCCUCGACCUGAAAUACAUUUCACCUAAACUCAAGGACAUUGCCGAUCUCGACUUGGCUAUACCCGGAACAUAUCAAAGCGGACGGCCCAUUAUCCGAAUACAAAGCUUUGAUAGUGUUGCUACCGUAGUCCAGACGAAAAAGAAGCCCAGAAAGAUGAUCAUCAGAGGAAGCGACGGAAACUCGUACAUGUAUGCACUUAAGGGUCAUGAAGACAUUCGACAAGAUGAACGUGUUAUGCAAUUGUUCGGCCUAGUCAACACGCUCCUAGACAACGACAGUGAAUGUUUCAAGCGCCAUUUAACGAUUCAACGGUUCCCCGCAAUUCCGCUAUCACAAAACUCUGGGUUAAUUGGAUGGUGCUGCAAUACUGACACGCUUCACGCGCUUAUUAAAGAAUACCGCGAGAGCCGUCGCAUUUUACUCAACAUUGAACACCGAAUUAUGCUUCAAAUGGCUCCUGAUUAUGAUAACCUGACGCUCAUGCAGAAGGUAGAGGUGUUUGGUUACGCUAUGGAUAAUACCACCGGCAAAGACCUUUACCGAGUUCUCUGGUUGAAGAGCAAAAGCUCGGAGUCGUGGCUUGAAAGACGAACCAACUAUACCCGAUCUCUUGGAGUCAUGUCAAUGGUUGGGUAUAUACUUGGCUUGGGUGAUCGUCAUCCAUCGAACUUGCUCCUUGAUAGGAUUACAGGAAAGAUAGUUCACAUCGAUUUUGGUGACUGCUUCGAGAUCGCGAUGCAUCGUGAGAAGUAUCCAGAACGGGUACCAUUUAGACUAACCCGUAUGCUUACAUUUGCAAUGGAAGUCAGCAAUAUCGAGGGUAGUUUCCACAUCACUUGCGAGGCCGUCAUGCGUGUUAUUCGCGAAAACAAGGAGUCUCUCAUGGCCGUUCUUGAAGCCUUCAUCCACGAUCCCUUAAUCAACUGGCGUCUAGGAGCGCGCGAAUCUCCUGCCCGCCCUUCCAUCGUGGAUAGACACGCACCUACAGAGGCUAACAUGGAUCACGCUAUACAGCCAAGUACCUUCUCCCGGCGCCGCCCAUCAAUACUCGAUGGCGGCAUCCUAGAUGCUCAACAAGGCAUCCCCAACGAAGGACGUGAGGUGCAAAAUGCCCGAGCGCUCCAGGCCCUUGGAAGGGUCAAAGAGAAGUUGACUGGCCGCGACUUCAGAACACCUGACGAGCUCAAUGUCAGCGAUCAAGUCGACAAACUUCUAGUCCAAGCUACGAGUGUCGAAAACCUGUGUCAGCAUUACAUUGGUUGGUGCAGCUUCUGGUAA